CGGGCGGGAGGCGGGAGGCUGGAGCCGGCCCAGGAAGAAGCUAAUGAUCAACUGGCCGCUCGGCAGGCAGCCUCUCCCAGGCCGCGCCGGGGAGGAAGUGGGGCAGGAAGCAGGGGGCGGUGGCCGGGAGGGCGGAGGGCGGCCGGCCGCCGCGGGGAGACAGCCUGGGCCGCGGGGAGGAGCGCCGGGGCUGCGUCUGGCGCUGCCCGAGGAGCCGGCGCAGCGGCCAGCCCGGCAGGCCCAGCCCUGGGCGCUGAGGCCACGGCAGGCAUGAAGGACCCAGUGGAGGCGGCCACAGAGGAGCCUGAUCCGACGGGGACGGUGGCCGGGCCCUCGGGCGGCGGCGGUGGCGACCAGGUCCAGAGAAAGGCUGGGAGAGCAUCGGUCAGCUGGGCGGGACCAGGACCCGCGGAGGCCCAGGCUGCGGGCAGAGACGAUGCUGCUCCGGCCCCGGGCGCCUCCCAGCGGCACUCAGGGACCGCUCCGGGCCCGAGGGGAGCGUACCCCACAGACCUGACGCUGCAGCUGCAGGCGGUGCGGAGGCGGAGCGGGCAGCCGGACCCCGGGCUGCAGCAGGCCCUGCGGGCCCGGCUCCGCCUGCUGGAGAAUGACAGCCGCGAGGUGGCCCGCACGCUCGGGGAGCUGUCGGCCAGGCUGCUGUCCAUCCACAGCGACCAGGCCCGGCUCGUGGUGACCUUCAAGACCUUCGAGGAGAUCUGGAAGUUUUCCACGUACCACGCCCUCGGCUUCACGCACCACUGCCUGGAGGACCUGCUGGUGGGCCCGGCCUUCUGGCUGCGGGCGCCCGAGGAGCAGGAGGAGGCGGCCGUCCGGGUCCGCGUGGACGAGGAGGCGCUGCGGCUGACGCACGAGAGCCUCCUGGUGCAGGACGGGCCUUUCUUCGUCCUGUGUCCUGACGGCUCCGUGAGAGAGACCUCCGGUCCGCAGGGGGCAGGCGGGGGCCCCCAGCCCCUCAGGCCGGCUUCGGGGGCGCCCCAGGGGGAGGCGGCCCUGGCCCCGGGCUCCCCGGCCUGCAGGCUCCGCGCGUGCUCCGAGGAGGAGGGCGAGGAGGAGGGCGAGGAGGAGGAGGCCGAGUCCACUGCAGAGCCACUGCCGCCGUUCCAUCAAUGGGCUCUCAGAGUCGCCUGGGACCCCUUCGAGGACUCUGUGGGUGGACCCGUGACGCCAGACACCCAGCUGAUGGCCGUGGGCCUGGCCUCCGCCGUGGCCGGCUACCGGGGCGCGGGGCCCGAAGAGCUGACCUUCCUCAGCGGCGACGGCAUCGAGAUCCUGGGCGCGCGGGUGCCCGGCCUGCCCUGGUUCCUGGGCCGGCACGUGGGCUCCGGCCGGAUCGGCUUUGUGCGGACCGGCCUCGUCAGUGUGCAGGGCGGCGCGUCCGAGCUGGAGAGCGUGCUUUUCCUCGACGAGGAGGAGAGGGCCUUCCUCCACCGGGAGGGCGGCUUCUCCGAGGAGGACGCACGGCGGCUGCUGAGCCGGACGGCGGGCGCGGACGUCUGCACGGCCUACAGCUUGGACAGACACGGAGACGCUGAGGCUGAGCCGUCGGAAGAGCAAGAAUCGCCUCUGCCUGGCCUGCACCCGGAGCCACACGAGACCCUGCAGACGGUGAAGAAGGUUCUGGAACGAUGGAAGUCCUGCCACCGCUGCCCCGAGGAGCCAGGGUCCUGGGGUCUCACCUCGGUGUCCAGUGAAGCGAGCUCGCCGGACCCCGAGGAGCCCCCCUUCCGCCUGGACGCGGAGGACGACUGGGCGGACCCGGGGGCCCUGGGCCCCCUGCUGCGGUUCCUGGACGCCCCCGGGUUCGAGCCCGGCUUCCGUGGCCUGUACGACGCCUCCCUGCCGGCGCUCGGCGCCGCGUUCCGUGGCUUCGCCGACGAGGAGGAGCUGGCCGGGCGCCUGGCCCAGGCGCGGGGGGCGGCCAAGAAGGCGGAGCUCCCCAUGGCGCUGGCCCGGCUCUGCUUCCUGCUGGGGCUGCUGUGCGCGCGGCGCCUCAAGCUGUCCCAGGCCCGCGUGUACUUCGAGGAGGCGCUGGGGGCCCUGGGCGGCCGCUUCGGGGACCUCCGCCUGGUGGCGGCUCUGUACGCCAACCUGGCCGCCGUCCACCUGCGGCAGAGCAACCGCGGCCGGUGCGGGCAGGUGGUGCCCAAGGCCUGCGCCCUGCUGCUGGGCGCACCGGGCCACGGCGGCGGCACCGAGGCCGAGGCGGAGCUGCUGCGGCUGGCCCUGCGCCGGGCCGUGGCCGCCCGCAGCCCGCAGGCCGAGGCCCGCGCCUGCUUCCUGCUGGCCCGGCUCCGGGUCCGCCUCAAGCAGCCCGAGGCGGCCCUGCCCUUCCUGGAGCGGCUGCUGCUGCUGCACGGCGCCCUGGGCCGCCCGGACGCCGCCUGGCCCGCCGACGGCUACCUGCUGCUGGCCGACAUGUACGGCCGCCUGUGCCUGCCGCGCCUGGCGCUGGGCUGCGUGCGGGCGGCCUCGCUGCGCGCCCCGGGCUCGCUGGCCGGCGCGCUGCGGAGCGUGGACCUCGUCCUGCGGAACGCGCCGCGGCCCCCGCGCCUGCCCCCGCAGAUCGCGCCCUACCUCCGGCAGGCGCUGGCCGCCCCCGCCCCCGGCCCGGCCCCCGCGUGGCGCGGGCCCCUCUACGCCAGCCUGGCCCGGCUGCACAGCCUGCACCGGCAGCACGGCCCGGCCAUCGCCUGCAUGACGCGGGCGCUGCAGGCCGGCGCGGAGGCGGGCGGCCGCCGGCUGGUGGACGACCUGCUGGCCCUGGCCUGGCUGCACGUGCUGCACGGGCAGAGCCGCGUGGCGCUGGGCAUCCUGCGGUCGGUCGUGGCCGCGGCCGCGGCCGGCGCGGACCGGGAGGGCGUGGUCGCCAACAUGAUGGCCGUCGCCCUGAAGAGGACGGGCCGGACGCGGCGGGCGGCCGAGGGCUACUUCCGCGCCCUGGGCGUCGCCCGGCGGCUGGGCCAGCGGCGGAACCAGGCGGUGGCCCUGGCCAACUUCGGGGCGCUGUGCCUGCAGGCGGGGGCGCGCGGGCUGGCCCAGCACUACCUCCUGCAGGCCGUGCGGCUCUUCGCCGGGCUGCCCAGCGGGGAGCGCGGCCCGGACCUCACCCACGUGCUCCUGCAGCUGGGCCAGCUGUGCACGCACCGGGCCCUCGCCCAGCAGGGCAAGUGCUACUACCAGUGGGCCUUCCUGGUGGCCGUGGAGACCGGCCACCUGGACGGCCAGCUGCGUGCCGUCCAGCGGCUGUGCCACUUCUACAGCGCGGUGCGGCCCCGCAGGGCCCAGUGCCUCGUCUACCACGAGCUGCAGCUGGCGCUGGCCCGCCGGGCGGCCGACACGGCGCUGGAGGGGCAGCUCCUGGAGACCAUCAGCCGGCUCUACCUGGCGCUGGGCACCGAGCGGGCCUACAAAUUGGCGCUGGACUACACUAAGCGCAGCCUGGGCAUCUUCAUCGACCUCCAGGAGAAGGAGAAGGAGGCGCACGCCUGGCUGCAGGCCGGCAAGAUCUACUACCUCCUGCGGCAGGACGAGCUGGUGGACCUGUACAUCCAGGUGGCCCAGGACGCGGCCCUGUACACAGGGGACCCCAACCUGGGGCUGGAGCUGUUCGAGGCGGCCGGAGACAUCUUCUUCAAUGGUGCCUGGGAGCGGGAGAAGGCCGUGUCCUUCUACAGGGACCGGGCGCUGCCCCUGGCCGUGACCACCGGGAACCAGGAGGCGGAGCUGCGGCUGUGCAACAAGCUGGUGGCGCUGCUGGCAGAGCUGGGCCUGCAGCAGGAGGGCCUGGAGUUUGCCCACAUGGCCCUGGCCCUCAGCAUCACCCUGGGGGACCGGCUGAACGAGCGCGUGGCCUACCACCGGCUGGCCGGCCUGCACCAGCGGCUGCGCCACGCCGAGCUGGCCGAGCACUUCUACCUCAAGGCACUGUCACUGUGCAGCUCGCCGCUGCAGUUCGCCGAGGAGACGCUGUACUACGUGAAGGUGUACCUGGUGCUGGGGGACCUCAUCUUCUACGACCUGAAGGACCCCUUCGACGCGGCCGGGUACUACCAGCUGGCGCUGGCGGCGGCCGUGGACCUGGGCAACAAGAAGGCCCAGAUGAAGAUCUACGCGCGCCUGGCCACCAUCCACCACCACUUCCUGCGGGACCGGGAGAGGUCGCUCUUCUUCUACCAGAAGGCCCGCACCUUCGCCUCCGAGCUCAGCGGCCGCCGGGGCCGCCCCGGCCCGCCGCGCUGCUGGGGGCGCGCGCCCUGGCUGGCCCCCGGCCACCCGCCCUGAGGCCAGGCGCCCUGUCCCGGCGC